AUGCCGAAUAAUAAUCUUGAAUUAACAACUGAUGAAAAAAUUCUUUAUUAUAAACUAUCAUUUUCUUUUAAUUGGUUUCAAAUUUCAACUGAUCAUUUAUUAAAUGAAUCAAUAAAUGCAACUGAACUUGGUCAAAAGGUUUCUAUUAGUUGGAAAACAAUGCCAACUAGUGGAACAACAAUGGAUGAGAAUAGUUUUAUUUAUUUAAUGGUUUUAGACAGACAAGCUAUUUGGCAACAAAACAUUAUUGAUGGUUCAUGCAAAAAUAAUUGUACGUGA